AUGUCUGCAAGUGCUAGAAUGGAUCUUGAAAUUAUUGAAUCUGAUAUUGAGAAUCAACACAUUCGAAUAGUAAAUGACCCAAAUAUUAAUAUCCAUUUUGCUAAUGAACAAAUUUCAGAUCUAUGUAAAAAUUCAUCAUAUGCAUACUUGUCAUGGGAAAGUUCACGUAGUUUAUUAUCACCAUCUUCUUGUCUUACAAAUUUAACUUCAUCAUCGUCAGCAUGGACCUAUGGCUUUGUUAGCAAUGCGAAACAACCAUACCUUUACCAACAGCAAAACUCCUCUAAUUCGUCUUCAGAAUUCUAUGUUGGUUUCUAUGAAAAUUAUCAAUCGUUAAAUGCAAAACUCGACUAUAUAAAUAAUAAUAAUUUACUAGGAAUUGCGAUUGUAGACAUCACCAAAGAUUCGAAAGACAUACAAUUGACGAACUUUAUUUUGAGAAUUCCACUAAGUCCAUUUGGAAAAAAUGGAAUUACAAGUACCUCUCCACCUUCACCUGCAUCCACAUCAUCUACACCUCAGCCAUCUCCGCCCAAUAUAGGUGCAAUAGUGGGUGAUGUAUUAGGCUCCAUUAUUUUUGUUAGCGUAUUGGUAGCUGUUGGCAUCAUAUUAUAUCGAAGAAGACACAGAUCAGGAAAAGUUGUCACGACUGUCAUAGCAAUCUUUAAUUAUGUGAGAAAAGAGGCAAAUGAUUCAAGUUUUAAAGCAGGUGAUGUUAUUGAAGUACUUGAGAGAAGAGAUGUGCCUAAUGAUUGUGGGUAG